CAGACUGACUGUCAUGCCAUAGUGUUCCAGCCUUUGUUCUGUCUGCUUAUCCUGCCUGGUUCUUGGACUCUGACUUUUGCCUGUUCCCUUUGAUUUGACCACCUGGUGUUUUUCUGCUCACCUGCCUGUCUGCUUGCAUGGGAUCCAUAGACUUGUCGGCCUGUUUUCCUGUCACUCUCGGUGGAGGAGUCUCAGUGGGUUCCUUGACUCCCGGCCUGUUGAUCAUCGGACAGCCUGCCAACCAUCCAAUGUGCGUAAAGGGGCUCAAUUUCUUCACCGUCCUGUCUGGACUUGCAGCUUCAGGUGUGCUGCAGGUCAGUGGGAUACGGAUAUACACGCCUGGAGAGGUGGAGGCAGUCAAUGGGACAGAUGCCCGCCUGAAGUGCACGUUUCAGAGUUCCUCUCCUAUUAACGCUGAUGUCAUCACUGUCUCCUGGAGCUUCAGACCUCUCAUGCAAGGCCGAGAGGAGUCGGUGUUCCACUACCAGCAGCGACCAUAUCCUCCACUGGAGGGCAUUUUCAGGAAGCGUGUUAUGUGGACUGGUGACAUCAUGGGUCGUGACGCCUCCAUCACAAUUCAAGACGUGAAGUUCAUCCACAAUGGCACCUACAUCUGCCUGGUCAAGAAUCCGCCAGAUGUGCACGGCAUGGUUGGAGAGAUUCGACUCCAUGUCGUCACCACAGCCUCUUUCUCCGAGCUUCUCCUUCUGGCGUUGGGCAUCGGAGGUGGUAUCGCUGCUGUGGUCAUCCUCCUCGUCAUCUUUGUGUCCUGCAGGCGGUGCAAGAGGAGGCGACAGCGAAAGCUGGAAGGGAACGAGGAGGCACCUCCUCCCCGCAAGGAGAGAAAAGACUCCACUGCAUGAUGCGCCGCACCUUGGUGGGGCCUGGGGCUCUUUGCCAUACCGAUGGGAUGUUUCCUUUUUCUCACCUACCACAGUUUUUGGAUCCAAAACCUGGACCAGUUGAUGGGCAGCUCGCAUUAACCAGAAAUGAAUCAAGAAUGUGCUUUUGUGUAGAAAACUGUAGAUACUGUACAGAGCAUUAGCCAGCCUGCUGUGUAGCCUGUGUGCCUUUCUUUCUGGAGAGGAACAACUGUUUAAUCAGAUCAUCUUUUCCUGUUAAGCUACUGAACAUUGGCUUUCAAACACACUUCCUGUUUAGAAUAAAUGUUUUGAUGAUGUAGAUGUAGGACAA